AUGAUUUUGCUGUCUUCCAUAUCUCAAGUCAAGAAGUUCCAUAUCAUACUAAACAUGGAUAAAGAAGAAAAGAAAUUUGUUAAUAAAGCAGAGGAAGAUGAGAUGGAGAUCUGUGGCUAUGAUCUAUGUCGCUGGAAGUUGGUGCUAGUUACUGUAGGAGUGAUCUGUUCUGGUGGCUUUCUUCUCCUCCUCCUCUACUGGAUGCCUCAGUGGCGUGUGAAAGCAACGUGCAAAAAGACUACGCUUAAAGACUGUGAAGUGGUUCUGCUGAGAACAACUGAUGAAUUCAAGAUAUGGUUUUGUGCAAAGGUUCGCACUAUGCCUUCUUUGGGAGCCAAUCCUUUAGAGAAUCCUAACUCUAUUGUACACAAGAUUUCAAAUGGCCAUGCUGUUCAUUUCUGUGAAUCCGCUGCAGAAGAGAAUAAAAAUGAUUUGAAAAAAUAUUUGCCUAUUCGUUAUUUCACACAUCACAGCGUGAAGUAUUUCUGGAAUGAUUCAGUUCAGAGUUUUGAUAUUGUACGAGGUCUAGAUGAAUCUACAUUCUGUUCUUCAAUUCAUAACGAACACAGCACAGGACUGACAAAGGCAAUGCAUGAUUACAGAAAAGCAUUCUAUGGAGUAAAUGAAAUUGCUGUGAAAGUGCCUUCCAUUUUUAAGCUUCUCAUUAAGGAGGUUCUCAACCCUUUUUACAUUUUUCAGUUGUUCAGUGUGAUAUUGUGGAUCACUGAUGAAUAUCACUACUAUGCAUUAGCAAUUGUGAUCAUGUCUGUAAUAUCCAUUGUUAGCUCACUCUACACCAUUAGAAAGCAAUAUGUUAUGUUACAUGAUAUGGUAGCAGCUCACAGCAUUGUCAGGGUUUCUGUCUGCAGAGGAAACCAAGAAAUAGAAGAAAUCCUUUCCACUGACCUUGUGCCUGGAGAUACCAUGCUGAUUCCAUCUAAUGGGACAAUUAUGCCCUGUGAUGCAGUACUUCUCAGUGGUACUUGCAUUGUAAAUGAAAGUAUGUUAACAGGUGAGAGUGUUCCUGUCACAAAGAUUAAUCUACCAAAUCCUUCAGAAUAUCCGAAAGAAAUGGGAGAUGAAAUAUACAGUCCAGAAGUGCAUAAACGGCAUACUUUGUUCUGUGGAACCAAUGUCAUUCAAACCCGUUUUUAUACUGGAGAAUUGGUCAAAGCUCUGGUAGUGAGAACAGGCUUUAGUACUGCUAAAGGACAGCUUGUUCGUUCCAUACUGUAUCCAAAGCCAACUGAUUUUAAACUCUACAGAGAUGCCUAUUUGUUUCUUCUGUCUCUGGUAGUGGUGGCAGGCGUUGGGUUUCUUUACACGGUUGUCAAUAGCAUCUUAAAUGAGGUUCCAGCUCAUACCAUCAUCAUUGAGUCUCUUGACAUUAUCACUAUCACGGUGCCUCCAGCGCUCCCUGCUGCCAUGACUGCUGGCAUUGUUUAUGCACAAAGAAGACUGAAAAAAAUUGGCAUCUUCUGCAUCAGUCCACAAAGGAUAAAUAUUUGUGGCCAACUGAAUCUUGUGUGUUUUGAUAAGACUGGCACACUUACUGAGGAUGGCUUGGAUCUUUGGGGAAUUCAACGGGUGGAAAAUGCUCGUUUCCUUUUGCCGGAAGAGAGGGUUUGCAGUGAGAGCUUGCUGAAGUCUGAGUUUGUUGCGUGCAUGGCAACUUGUCAUUCCCUUACAAAAAUUGAAGGGGUGCUUUCUGGGGAUCCGCUUGAUUUGAAGAUGUUUGAAGCAAUAGGAUGGAUUUUAGAGGAAGCAACUGAAGAGGAAACAGCCCUUCAUAAUCGAAUCAUGCCGACGGUGGUUCGACCUUCAAAACAGCUUUUACCAGAAUCCAAGCAAGCAACAAAUCAAGAAAUGGAAUUGUUUGAGCUUUCGACCAGUUAUGAAAUUGGGAUUGUGCGCCAGUUUCCAUUUUCUUCAGUUUUGCAACGUAUGUGUGUAAUAGCAAGAGUUCUAGGGGAGAAGAGAAUGGAUGCUUAUAUGAAGGGUGCCCCUGAAGUGAUUGCCAGCUUGUGCAAGCAGGAAACAGUUCCUGUUGACUUUGAGUGUGUCCUGGAAGAAUACACUAAGCAGGGCUUCCGAGUUAUUGCUCUUGCUCACAGAAAAUUGGAGUCUAAGCUUACAUGGCACAAAGUCCAGACUAUUAAUAGAGAUGCUAUUGAAAGCAACAUGGAUUUUAUGGGGUUAAUUAUAAUGCAAAACAAACUAAAGCAAGAAACCCCUGCUGUACUUGAAGAUUUGCAUAAAGCCAACAUUCGCACUGUCAUGGUUACAGGGGAUAACAUGUUAACUGCUAUCUCUGUGGCCAGAGACUGUGGAAUGAUUCUACCUCAGGAUAAGGUCAUUAUUGCUGAAGCACUACCUCCAAAGGAUGGGCAGGCUGCCAGGAUCAACUGGCAUUAUGCAGAUACCCUCGCAAAAUGCACUAGUUCAUCACCAGCCAUAAACUCAGAGGAUAUUCCAGUUAAAUUGGUCCAUGAAAGCCUUGAGGAUCUCCAGAUGACCAAAUACCAUUUUGCAAUGAAUGGAAAGUCAUUUGCAGUGAUUUUGGAGCAUUUUCAGGACCUGGUACCCAAGCUUGUGUUACAUGGCACUGUGUUUGCUCGCAUGGCACCUGAUCAGAAAACUCAGUUGGUGGAAGCUUUGCAAAAUGUAGAUUACUAUGUGGGCAUGUGUGGAGAUGGAGCAAAUGACUGUGGCGCGCUGAAGAGGGCACAUGGUGGUAUAUCUUUGUCUGAACUUGAGGCUUCUGUGGCAUCACCAUUCACUUCCAGGACACCUAGUAUUUCCUGUGUGCCAAAGCUGAUCAGGGAAGGCCGUGCUGCUUUAAUAACUUCCUUCUGUGUAUUUAAGUUCAUGGCAUUAUACAGCAUUAUCCAGUACAUCAGUGUUACUCUCCUAUAUUCUAUCCUGAGCAAUUUGGGAGAUUUCCAGUUUCUCUUCAUCGAUUUGGCAAUCAUUUUGGUGGUUGUCUUCACUAUGAGUCUGAACCCUGCUUGGAAGGAGCUUGUUGCGCGAAGGCCUCCAUCAGGUCUUAUCUCAGGUCCACUUCUGUGUUCCGUUUUGUCUCAGAUCAUCAUCUGCCUUGCUUUCCAAACCUUUGGGUUUUUUUGGGUCAAACAGCAGUCCUGGUAUGAGCCUUGGACAACAGAAUCUGAGUAA